AUGAGCUAUAAUGAUCAUUUUAAAGUAACAGAUGAGACAACAAUGUCUUCUUCAUCAAGCUCUUCAAAAUAUGCAGAUCAGAGUGCUUUUACCUUCAAUAAGCUUGCAAUGGAAAAUUUUAAAUGUGGAAACUAUGAUAUUUGUCUUAGAUAUUUAAGUCAAGCUUUAUCAAAUGCCAAAGCUGUAAAAGAAACACAAAUAAAAAGCAAGCUGCUUGCUUCAACUUACAAUAAUUAUGGAUUUUUAUUUAAAAAAAUUAACAGAUUCACAGAAUCAAUUCAAGCAAUGCUUAAAGCAAUUGAAAUAGAAAAAAAUUUACCCAACGAACUAUUGAAUAUCGCAAAAACUCAUUUAAAUAUUUGUGAAAUGCUAUCGCAUAUAGGAGAUCACGAAAGAGCACUAAGGCAUGGUCUUGCGUCUUUAUAUAUGCUUAGAAAUAAUUAUUGCACUGAAACUAAUUUAGUGACGACAUUAGUAAUAUCUUAUCACAAUGUAGGGGUAGAAUACGAAUAUUUAUCACAGUAUAAAGAUGCAGUUGAAUGCUACCAAAAAGGCUGAGAAAUUAGCAGAGACUGCUUAGGUAUAAAACACCAUCUCACUUUAGCUCUUAAAAAGAGCUUAAUUGAGUGCUCAGGGCAAGAUCAAUUUUUAACUCAUAAAUAUGAAGACAGGAGAUUUCCUAUUGAAAUUACCAAAUCUGGUUCACCAAAGCGAAAUCCAAAGAAGCUUCCAGAUGAUUUUAAAGAAAGAACAAAAAGUCAAGAAAAUACAAGACGACAAAAAAACCCUGCAGUCGUGGCUCUUCCAAUUAAUAUAUUAAAAAAAAGAAUAGAAGUUUUGACAAAUGGAAAAACAACCCCUACAAAUAAUCAAACAAGUUUAACAAGGCCUUCUAAAUCAAGGCAAAAGAAUUUUUUUAGUGAGUUAAGAAGAAAUUCGAGACCGCUUUCUAUUGAUAGAAGAAGCGACCAUAGGGACUCUGUAUUAAGCAAAUCUCCAAUAAGCUCGACUAAUGAUAUAUCUCGCUCAGAUACAGAACAUAAAGAAAAGAAGAUAGAUUUAGAAAAGCAUAGAAGGCAAGAAAGAAUUGCAGCAAUAAUGAUUCAGUCACGGUGGAGAGGAAUUAAGGCAAGAAAAGCAUAUGAAGUUUUGAAAUUAAGCAAAAAACUGAACUCUGCUGCAGAAAAAGCUAAGCAGGCUGUAAAACAAUAUGAAGAGUUGAAAGACCAAUUUUUACAAAUGAAGCUUGAUAAAGCCAAUAAACAAAAACCCAGGCCUAAAUUCAGACACCGAAAGUAUGGUCUUUUGCCAAUUUCAGAGAUGAAUAAAGAAAAUGAUUACGAAAACGAAAUCAUAAAAAUACAAUCCACGGUCAGAAUGUUUCUUGCAAAGCGGAAAUACCAAAGGCAAAAAAAUGCUUCCAAGAUUUAA